UAUGAAUAUAGGUUAAUAUUUGUCAUGUGAAACAACAAUUAAUUCAUCAGAAAACACAAUUACAGCUUACAAAAAUGUUCAUUAAGAAAAUUCGAACUAUAAUGAUGGAUAGAAUCUAUAUACUUCAAAUCAAUAGACUGAUGAUUCUUUUGAAAUGGUAAUAAUGAGUAAUUAGCAUCCUGAAAAUGAAUGGAUAAAAAAAGAGCAAAUUAUUGUUUCUUAUCUUAAAUAAUUGGGUCUAAAGAUGAAAACUGAUCCUUUAGAAAAAUUAGAGCAUUAUUAUAAAAAACCAAAGAGGCGACAAAAUAAAUCCAGCACCAUGACAUUCAAUACUACUUCAAAUGUGGAUCAAUCUAAUUUGGAAGAUGAUAAAUGUGAUGGCAUACUGUAAAAAAUGAGUAUUGAAAUGAAUUCAAUAAAAUAAAGACGAACACCUAAUACAACUCCUUAAAGUUCUCCUUUAAUUACAAAAAAUUCAGAAUAACAAGAACCAAUAAAAAAAUAAAGAAUGUCAAUUUUUCAGAAAAUGUAAAAUCAGCCUUAAGAUCUAACACCGGAUGAAGAAGAAAUAUAAAACAAUAUUAAAAGAAAUUAAUAAUAAGUAAUUGAUUAAGAAAAUGGUCUUGAAAAAAGUGAGACAAAUAGUAGUAUAAGUGACACAGAGAAAAAUUAUUUCUAAAAUUUAUGUGGAUGA